AUGUCAUCUGCGGCCAAUAAUACGAGUAACAAUACAGGAGGCAAGAAACCGUUGAAAUUUGUAUCGGAAGGAGUAAGCAACAUAGAAACCCAGAAGAUACGAGAACAAGUGGAGCAGAAGAAAUACGAAUCAGAGUACAAGAGGAAAACUAGGAAAUCCCUGCGAGACCAGCUGAGGUCAAAUGCAAUCAGUAAACAAAAGCAAUACAAUGGGUUGGUGAGAGACCGCGAAAGCUUUACCAGGCUGAGCAAAGACGAAUUAGCAUUCUACCAGAACAGUAAGAAUGAGGCGCUGAAAAAGGAAAAGGAACUGAAUGAGUACUUGAAUGCCAAGGCAACUAGCUUUGAAAGAAAGAAAAAAGCUUUGCUCAAGGGUACUAACGCUACGGCUAAUCCAGAAGGGGACGUAAAAGUCAAAACAAGCCUGGAUAGCAACAUACAAAUCAAAGGUAUAAAGCCUCUAAAUUCGAGGCCAAAGAUUAAAAUAUCCAUAAAAAAACUGAAUAAGAAACUAGACAAGUGA